CAAUCUACUCCUCUACCAUUCCUCUACUAUAUUGUAUCGAAAAACAUGGGCCAUGACGUAGGUAGCACAGAGCGAAAUAACUCGUCAAUUAUGUCGGCGCUGGUAGGAUCCAUGUUGUCCUCCUUGUUCGCAGUUUGCCCCUCCGGCGACCCCGAGGAGUCAUUCGCCUGAUCAGCGCUCAGCUGACGCGCAACACCUAGGAUGUCCAGUUCUAGAUCCUCAACAUACUCGGGUUUUGGGGACUGCGGAAGAUAUCCAAAGCUAGUUUCAUCGUCAUUGUCCAGGAUAGAUAGGGGAGGGGGAUCACCAAAGAUGUUAUCAUCGAAGCCCUUCAGUGCAGGUGUAUACAAGACUGUUUCAAGGAGGGGUUGCGGAAUAUUUGUGACCGACAGCGUGUCAGGCGGUUGUGCUAUUGAAAUCAAGUUAGACAGGGAACUCGGCGCCUGCCACUGUGUCUGGGACCCAGACGCGUAGCUUGGCUGAUAUGGCGUCUGGUCGACAGGGGUAGGAGGCGGAGUCGAGGUGGGACUUGAACGUCGGGAAGAGAUUGUCGACUGGGACGAAGAAGCUUCGGGUGUCUGGAGAAAAUACGCAGCAAAGACCUCAGGGCGGACUGUGUACCGGUAGUCAUCGGGAUUGGGUUCGCCGAGUACAGAUCGUAAGUAGAGGCGUGAACUGUAUUCAUUCUUGAUUUGAUGCAUAUGCUCGCAUUUUUUAGCGUGCUUUCG